ACUUGCAUCCCGUGCCACUAAAUAAAUUAAAAAAAUAAUUAUUCUGCGCAGAUUCAAAAUUGGUGAUAGUUGUUGUUACUUGAUAAAUGCUAAUUGCUAAGGUCAGCAGUCUAAAAGUGUAAAAACAGUAUUGGUGAAAUAUAUUUUAUUCGAUCCAGUUCGAAAAACAAAUAUUUGUAAAAAUGGCCAUUGGAGCGGGAAUGUCGUGUGUGAAGUACUUACUAUUUUCCUUCAACUUCUUAUUUGCCAUUACUGGCCUGAUAAUUCUAAUUGUUGGUGCCAGGGCUGAGAUCAAUGCAUAUCCAUAUGUGAACUUGACAGAUGAAAGCUUCUACACUUCAGCUCCUGUUAUUUUGAUACUUGUGGGGUUAAUUGUCUUUAUUGUUGCAUUCUUCGGAUGCUGCGGAGCUGUAAAGGAGAACCACUGCAUGAUUGUUACUUACUCUGUGUUCCUGUUGCUAAUCUUCGUUGCUGAGCUAGCCGUUGGCAUCGCGGGCUACGUGAAACAUCAGGACCUGGAGACCACCAUCUCUCGCUCCCUCAAUGAGUCCAUAGUGCAGUAUCCCAAUGACAUCAACAUCCGCAAGAGCUUCGACAUCAUUCAGACUGAUAUGGAAUGCUGCGGCGUGUACAGCCCCGAUGACUGGGCCAACAACGGCAUGCCGAUCCCGGCCGCGUGCUGCUCGGCGCAGGAGAUCCUCGACAGCAAGCCGGUGGCGUGCACGCCCGACUCCCUGAACUUCCACAAGAACGGCUGCCUCUCGCAGAUCCUGGUGCACCUCAAGGACAUCGCGCUGGUGCUCGGCGGUGUAGGACUCGGUAUCGCUUUCAUUCAGUUGCUCGGCGUCGUGUUCGCCUGCAGCCUGGCGCGUUCUCUCCGCAGCCAGUACGAGACCGUCUAAACGUGAGAUUGAUUGAAGCCAGUUCAUCUAAUACUGAUUAGUCAAGUUACAUACUUUAUAUUCUAUUACUUGAUUAUGAUCUAGAAUUUAUCAACAUUAGAUUUUUAUCCGUUUAUACCAAAUUUUGACAGUAGCAAGUAGGUUUUGUAAUGAAAUAAAUACUAAUGUAAUAGUAGGGUUGCUGCAACAGACACAUUCUACUUAUGUUUCUUGUUUACUUACGCAGUAUGUUUGCCCAAUGGAAUGUUACACUUUAUACCCAAUAUAUAAUUUUUUAUAUACACCCAUGCUUUAAAUCCUCUAUUUUAAAGAUUCUAAAACAGUUAGCUUAUUGCCAACAUUAAAACACCCAAUGUCCUUAUAACCAUUACAUCAUCCAAACGAGUGUAGUAAUCAAAUUCAGUACAUUAUAUCAUCUGUUUACAAAAUAACACACGGUUACUAACUAGGACUGACUUUUUGAUGUUAGCAGUAAGCUAACUGUUUCAGAAUCUUUUAUAGAGGAUUCAUGUUAUGGGUGUAGAAAAAGUCUUGUAUGCAACUGUUGAUAAUUAGGUAUUAAAACACUCAUGUGAUACCCAUAUUCGUGUUUUAAUACCCCUUAUUACAAAACAUGCAAAUGUUUUAAAUUAAGUUUAAUAUUAAAUAACUAAUAUAUAUACCUAUAUUUCAUUUCAAUAUUUUAAAUAACAAAUUUGGUAUUAUCGGAACAAAUUAAUAUUAGAUUAACAUUUUGAUUCUCAUAUUUGUAUUAAUUGUGAUAAGUGUAAAUCCAUUUUUCCUUGACCUGGAGUUGUUAGAAAUUUUUUAUUUUUAUAUACAUUACAUUUUCAUCUCGAAUAAAGAUUUUUUGGUUUUAUAACAGUUUGGUAACUCAAAUGAAACAUUUUGGCGCGAGAAGCACCUUUAUGUGAUUGUAUUCACUCUGUGCUCAGGGUAAAGACUGAUUUUAUUUAGACAUGGUAACCUUUGCCAAACCUUUCAUAAAUUUAUAUCGUUAAGUAACAUUCAUAUAAAACAAUUAUUAAAAACUUUAACGACAAUUUCUUUGAUGCAAUAUCUUUAUUUAAUUAUUAUAUAAGUGUUUGAUGUGGUGCACUUCUAGAUAUACCUAUAUGUUAGCAUCUAUCGUAAAUGUGUAUUGUUACGAAUAUAUUGUAGUAUAUUUGCAACAUAGUCAUUAAAUGGGUAUUUAACGUUUCUUAUGUAUAUUUUGAAUAAACUUCGUAAUAUAUGAUUGAA